UCACGUCUCGUCUCGUCUUUCCUGUUCUUUCUUUUCUUCACGGAUUGACAGCCAAUCUUUCUCCAUCUCCAUCGACCACUCUACUCAAGACAGAUACACAUACGCAUACACACACAUCGCCAUGGCAAAUCCUCCUCAUGGCGGUAUCCUCAAGGAUCUCAUCGCUCGCGAUGCUCCCCGACGCGCACAACUCGCCGCCGAGGCCGAGACCCUCCCCGCCAUCCUCCUCAACGACCGUCAGCUCUGUGACAUCGAAUUGAUCCUCAGCGGUGGUUUCUCCCCGCUCGAAGGCUUCAUGAACGAGAAGGACUACAACGGCGUUGUGGAGAACAACCGUCUGGCGGACGGAAACCUCUUCUCCAUCCCCAUCAACCUCGACUUGAACAAGCCCGAGAUCGAUGCUCUUAACAUCGGACCCGGUUCGCGUGUCACCCUGCGGGAUUCGCGUGAUGACCGCAACUUGGCCAUCCUCACCGUCGACGACAUCUACAAGCCUGACAAGCACCGCGAGGCCAAGGAGGUCUUCGGUGACGAUGACGAGGCUCACCCGGCCGUCAAAUACCUCCACCACACUGCCGGCGAGUACUACAUCGGUGGAAAGCUCGACGCCAUUGACCGCCUGAUGCACUACGAUUACGUCGGCCUCCGGUAUACCCCAGCAGAGCUUCGUCUUCACUUCGACAAGCUCGGUUGGUCACGGGUCGUUGCUUUCCAAACGAGAAACCCCAUGCACCGCGCUCACCGAGAGUUGACCGUUCGUGCUGCCCGCGCUCGUCAGGCAAACGUCCUGAUCCACCCGGUGGUGGGUAUGACCAAGCCCGGUGACAUUGACCACUUCACCCGCGUCCGCGUCUACCAAGCACUUCUCCCGCGUUAUCCCAACGGCAUGGCCGUCCUCGGUCUCCUCCCGCUCGCCAUGCGCAUGGGUGGCCCUCGCGAGGCCAUCUGGCACGCCAUCAUCCGAAAGAACCACGGCGCGACCCACUUCAUUGUCGGUCGUGACCACGCCGGACCCGGCAAGAACAGCAAGGGUGAAGACUUCUACGGCCCAUACGACGCACAAUACGCCGUCGAGAAAUACCGCGAAGAGCUCGGAAUCGAGGUCGUUCCCUUCCAACAGAUGACCUACCUCCCCGACAGCGACGAGUACCGACCCAAGGACGAGGUUCCCAAGGACAUCCGCACUCUCGACAUUUCCGGAACCGAGCUCCGUCGCCGCCUCCGCACCGGUGGUGACAUCCCCGAAUGGUUCUCCUACCCCGAGGUCGUCCGCGUCCUCCGCGAGUCCCACCCUCCCCGCAACAAGCAAGGUUUCACCGUCUUCCUGACCGGCUACACCAACAGCGGCAAGGACUCGAUCGCGCGCGCUUUGAACGUCACCCUCAACCAGCAAGGCGGCGGCCGCAGCGUCAGCCUGCUCCUCGGCGAGACCGUGCGCUCCGAAAUCUCCUCGGAGCUGGGCUUCUCCCGCGAGGACCGCGACAAGAACAUUGCGCGCAUCGGCUUCGUCGCCGCCGAACUGACCAAGGCCGGCGCCGCCGUCAUCGCCGCUCCCAUCGCGCCCUACCGCGCCUCGCGCCUCGCCGUGCGCGACCUCGUCGAGCGCACCGGCCGCUCGUUCUUCCUCGUGCACGUCGCCACCCCGCUCGCCUACUGCGAGAAGACGGACCGCCGCGGGAUCUACGCCAAGGCCCGACGGGGCGAAAUCGUCGGCUUCACCGGCGUGGAUGACCCAUACGAGGCCCCGGAGCCGGAGAAGGAGGCUGAUCUGGUCGUCGAUCUGGAGAAGGUCAAUGUCAGGACCGCUGUGCACCAGAUUGUCCUGCUGCUCGAGGCGGGCGGCCUUUUGGAUCAGCUUUAGAUGUCGAGUCAAGGGAGAAGUUGGGAGGUGUGUUUAAUAGGGUUCUGAUUGUGGUGGAGAAUCUUUUGAUGAGCGCCUGUCUCGGAAAGAGUCGAUUAUGGA